UCAUGUGGGAAAUGGAAUUUUAUUAAUGUCCAAGCCACAUUGAAUCCAUUUCCUUUGAACAAUUCUUGGAGUGCUUGCAAUAUGCGGCAGGCUGGGAUAGAGGAUACAGCAGAGCUGCUAGAGAAACAGCUGAUUACAGAGAUAUCAAACAUGACAUUAGAGGAAGCUUUGACACUGGCUCGGGCAUUCAGUCAUUAUCUCAAUUUGAUGGGAAUUGCUGAAACUCAUCACCGGGUUCGUAAGGUACGAAGUGUUACACAUCUGUCAAAAUCUUGUGAUGACAUUUUCAGCCAGUUGGUGCAGGGUGGAGUUUCUCCAGAUGACCUCUACAGCACUGUUUGCAACCAGGAGGUUGAGAUUGUUCUUACUGCACAUCCCACCCAAAUUAACCGUCGUACCUUACAAUAUAAACACAUAAGAAUAGCUCAUUUGUUAGACUAUAAUGACCGACCUGAUCUUGGUCAUGAAGAUCGAGAAAUGCUAAUAGAAGAUCUGGUGAGAGAGAUAACAUCUAUAUGGCAGACAGAUGAACUAAGACGCCAUAAGCCUACACCGGUAGAUGAAGCUAGGGCUGGCUUGAACAUUGUAGAGCAGUCCCUUUGGAAAGCUGUACCUCAUUACUUACGACGAGUUAGCAAUGCUCUAAAGAAACAUACAGGAAAGCCACUUCCACUCACAUGCACUCCCAUAAAAUUUGGAUCUUGGAUGGGGGGUGAUAGAGAUGGAAAUCCAAAUGUCACAGCAAAGGUGACGAAAGAUGUCUCUCUUUUAUCUAGGUGGAUGGCCAUUGAUCUUUAUAUCCGGGAGAUUGAUGGCCUCAGAUUUGAACUGUCCAUGAAUCAAUGCAGUGAUAGGUUGUCUAGAUUGGCACACGAAAUUCUUGAAACAGAAACCUCAUCACAUGAUCGGCACGACGGUAGGAAUCAACCUUUCAGUCGAAAUCAACUGAAGUUUCAUGGCCAUCAGGCUUCAUCCCUUCCUACCCAACUUCCACCUAGAGCAGAUCUACCUGCCUGCACUGAUUGCAAUGAUGGUGAAUCUCAGUAUCCCAAACUAGAACUUCCUAGGACUGAUUACAUGCCCUUGAGUCGCAAGGACGGCAAGGGAUCUUUGAAUUCGGAAACUUCAUUCCAAAAUUCCAGUGAAAAUGUAAGCAAAUCAUUUUCCAAUGGAACUCCUGUUAAUGGCCCACAGCUAGCCACAGGGCAUAGGGGGUCUUUCUCAUCUAAUCAACUGCUUGCUCAGAGGAAACUAUUUGCAGAAUCUCAGAUAGGAAGGUCAAGCUUCCAUAAGCUUCUUGAGCCAAGCUUGUCUGAGCGUCCUGGAAUUGCUCCUUAUCGAAUUGUCCUUGGCAAUGUGAAAGAAAAGCUUAUGAAGACACGAAGACGACUGGAGCUUUUUCUUGAGGAUCUUCCUUGUGAAUGUGAUCCUUGGGAUUGCUAUGAAACAAUGGAUCAACUUCUAGAACCACUGCUUAUAUGCUAUGAGUCAUUGCAAUCAUGUGGUGCCAGUGUUUUAGCUGAUGGUAGGCUUGCUGACCUGAUCCGCAGAGUUGCUACCUUUGGGAUGGUGUUAAUGAAGCUUGACUUGCGACAGGAAUCUGGUAGGCAUGCUGAGACACUAGAUGCAAUUACCCGAUAUUUGGAUAUGGGAACUUAUAGUGAAUGGGAUGAAGAGAAGAAACUUGAAUUUUUAACAAGAGAGCUGAGAGGGAAGCGACCACUAGUUCCUCCUUCUAUAGAGGUUGCUCCUGAUGUUAAAGAAGUCUUAGAUACCUUCCGAGUUGCUGCUGAGCUGGGAAGCGAUUCUCUUGGAGCUUAUGUGAUUUCUAUGGCAUCCAAUGCAAGUGACGUCCUUGCUGUGGAGCUCCUGCAGAAAGAUGCCCGACUUGCUGUUAGUGGGGAGUUGGGUAGACCAUGUCCCGGUAGAAUGCUGCGGGUGGUUCCUCUGUUUGAAACUGUCAAGGACCUUAGAGGUGCUGGUUCAGUGAUCAGGAAAUUGUUAUCAAUUGAUUGGUACCGGGAGCAUGUUAUAAAGAACCAUAAUGGGCAUCAAGAGGUGAUGGUUGGAUAUUCUGAUUCUGGUAAAGAUGCUGGACGCUUCACUGC